CGCCCGCCUUCUCCUAUCCGCACUCAGAUCUCCUGCUCUUAUACAGCAAGGCAAUGGUCAACAUUCCGCCGCUCUCUGCAAUCUACGAACCGGCCCUCGACCAAGGCUUGGUACCAGACUUUCUUCUUCGCAGAGGAAUCAGAUAUCUUUUGUCCCGGCGGAUUUCUCAGUUAGCUAGUGCGGAUAAAACUGGCUACAUCAAGGGGCUCAAAGCUCGCGAAGAUAUUGCGGAACACACCAAAGAAGCCAAUGAGCAGCAUUAUGAGAUUCCCACAGAGUUUUUCAAGCUGUCCUUGGGGGAAAGGAUGAAAUACAGUUGUUGCUUGUUUGAGGGAGGCGCGAAAACGCUCGAAGAUGCUGAGGUUGCCAUGUUGACACUGUAUGUGGAGCGUACUGAACUGAAAGAUGGGAUGAGCGUGCUAGAUCUGGGUUGCGGCUGGGGCUCGCUUUCCCUGUUCUUGGCCGAACGCUUUCCCAAUUCAAAGAUCACCGGUCUUUCAAAUUCCUCUAGCCAGCGGCAGUAUAUUAUGGCGCGAGCAGAAGAACUUGGUCUAUCAAACAUUGAAAUUUUGACCGGUGACAUCAAUGUCUUUGAGAUGGACAGGACCUUCGACCGGGUUUUUUCCAUUGAGAUGUUCGAACAUAUGAAGAAUUAUUCUGCUCUUUUCACAAAAUUAUCAAAAUGGAUUGUCCCAGACACAGGCCGUCUCUUUGUCCACGUCUUUGCACAUAAAACUACACCGUACGAUUUCAAAACAGAAGACGACAAUUCGUGGAUGGCAAAGUAUUUCUUCACCGGCGGAACAAUGCCUUGCGAAGACCUCUUCUUAUGGUUUCAGCAGAAUGUGGAGGUUCUAGAUAGAUGGACGAUUAAUGGGCAAAACUAUGGGCAGACGAGCGAAGAAUGGUUGAAGCGACUUGAUGCAAAUAAGCAGAAAGCAAUGCCGAUCCUUGUGAAAACGUAUGGGGAAGAAGCAGCAAAGAUGUGGUACCACCGAUGGCGUGUGUUUUACCUCUCUGUGGCGGAGUUGUUCAACUACCAGCGUGGUGAAGAAUGGGUGGUGGUUCAUUACUUGUUCAAACGACGAUAAGCGUGGGAAACGGGUCUUGUUAUGGUAAUUAUACAAAUCUAAAGUGGUCCGAACUGACAAAAUCUGUCAAGAAGUUCUGUCAUUAGUAUGCUUAUUGGAAGAGAGGAGCAUCAGAUGAACGCUCACAUGUUCCUUUGGUGGGAUUUGCUGUAUCCGGGCUCAGCACAAAUAUUUGGCAGAAUAGCUUGGACUGUUUGUCAUCGCCAUAUCGCACCGUGCCGGUGACUGUGACCAGUAUUUGACCAAGAUCUAGUUGUAAAUAAUGACGAGCGUGUUAACGAUGAGUGGAAAUAGACAAGUAGCACCAAGAAGCUUGAAUUACGU